AUGGCUUCACCACCACACAUCCCCCAGCUCAACGUCCCCGGCAGUCGCAAGCGCGGCAGCAUAUCCUCUCACUCCGGCGCACCCACCAAAAAGCGCAAACCCUCCAACCUACGUAACGCCUUCUCACCAGAUGCCGAAUCAGUCGGCGGUUCCCCGCGCCAAUACUCGCGUUCACCGUCUGUGGAAAGUAACAUCACCACAUCCGUCGUUAAUGGCGUAGGAGGGAAGAAGCGACGGAAGAAGGGAGGAGACGGAGGCAGUGUCGCGGGUUCAAGCGCGAGAGGCGGCAAAGGCGCCGACGGACGAAGCGCAAUAGGAGGUGAAGACGAAGAUGGCGACGGCGGAGAAGAAGCAGAAGACGACGACGAUGACGAGAUGGGUGAGGAAAUGGGCAUGGAAAUCGAAGGCGGCAUGAGUGUUGAAGCACGCAGGAAACAGGAGAAGGAAUACGAACGCAUGCUAGAAGACUUCAUGACACCCGCGCAAAUGGACCGCUACGCAACCUACCGCCGCAUCCGCCUCAAGCGCGAAACCGUCCGCAAACUCGUCAACCAAACCCUCUCCCAAUCCGUCCCGCAACCCAUCAUCAUCGCCGUAACCUCCUACUCCAAAACCUUCAUCGGCGAGCUCAUCGACCGCGCCCUCACCGUCCGCGACGAAUGGUCCGCCGUCCGCACUCAUCUCCCCAACCCCAACCUACCAGGCCCCAUACUCAGUCAGAGUCUGGUCAGACCUAGUGCUCAUAUCAAGGAUGAUAGGAAUAGGCCGACUAAUUCCGAUAUUACGAGUGCGGGCUGGUAUCCUACGCAGGUUGAUCGCACGGAGAGUCUGUGGAAGGAGGUGGAGAAAGAUGCUAGUUUGCAGGAUAGGCUGAAGGCGUGUGAUAAGGGACCGCUUACGCCGGCGCAUCUGAGAGAGGCACUGAGGAGGUACAAGAGGGAUCGGGAUGGUGGGGGUGCUGGAUUCGCGGGCAUGAGUCUGGAGGGUGUGGAGAGGACUAUGGGCAGAACGGGUGGAAGGCGGCUGUUCAAGUGA